AAACAAAAGGCUGCUUCUCUUUCUUAUUUCUCAUCAAUGGUUUUAUGAGAUUAUCAAAAACAUUGAGCUAUAGAGAAAGAGAGAGUGUGUGUCUAGAAAAGAUUGAAAAAUCAUCAUGGAGCAAGGAGGAGGAGGAGGUGUUGGUGGUGGUAAUGAAGUUGUGGAGGAAGCUUCACCUAUUAGUUCAAGACCUCCUGCUAACAACUUAGAAGAGCUUAUGAGAUUCUCAGCCGCCGCGGAUGACGGUGGAGGAGGAGGAGGUGGAGGAGGAGGAGGAGGAAGUGGGUCUUCUUCAUCGGGAAAUCGAUGGCCGAGAGAAGAAACACUUGCUCUUCUUCGGAUCCGAUCCGAUAUGGAUUCGACUUUUCGUGAUGCUACUCUCAAAGCUCCUCUUUGGGAACAUGUUUCCAGGAAGCUAUUGGAGUUAGGUUACAAACGAAGUUCAAAGAAAUGCAAAGAGAAAUUCGAAAACGUUCAGAAAUAUUACAAACGCACUAAAGAAACUCGCGGUGGUCGUCAUGAUGGUAAAGCUUACAAGUUCUUCUCUCAGCUUGAAGCUCUCAACACUACUCCUCCUUCAUCUUCCCUCGACGUCACUCCUCUCUCCGUCGCUAAUCCCAUUCUCAUGCCUACUUCUUCUUCUUCUCCAUUUCCCGUCUUCUCUCAACCGCAAACGCAACCGCAACCGCUUCAAACGCAUAAUGUCUCUUUUACUCCUACUCCACCACCUCCUCCACUUCCUUCAAUGGUUCCAAUAUUUCCUGGUGGUACCUUCUCGUCUCAUAGCUCGUCGACGGCUUCAGGAAUGGGUUCUGAUGAUGACAACGACGAGAUGGACGUGGAUCAAGCUAACAUUGCGGGUUCUAGUAGCCGAAAACGCAAACGUGGAAACCGCGGUGGAGGCGGUAAAAUGAUGGAAUUAUUUGAAGGUUUGGUGAGACAAGUAAUGCAGAAGCAAGCGGCUAUGCAACGGAGUUUCUUGGAAGCUCUUGAGAAGAGAGAGCAAGAACGUCUUGAUCGAGAAGAAGCUUGGAAACGUCAAGAAAUGGCUCGGUUAGCUCGAGAACACGAGGUCAUGUCUCAAGAACGAGCCGCCUCUGCUUCUCGUGACGCCGCAAUCAUUUCAUUGAUUCAGAAAAUUACUGGCCACACCAUUCAGUUACCUCCUUCUUUAUCAUCACAACCGCCUCAACCGCCUCCUCCACCGUAUCAACCGCCACCCGCGGUUGCUAAACGUGUGGCAGAACCACCAUUGUCAACAUCUCAAUCUCAAUUACAACAACCAAUAAUGGCGAUUCCACAACAACAAAUUCUUCCUCCUCCUCCUCCUCCUCAUCUUCCUCAUCAACCAGAACAGAAACAACAACAACAACAACCGCAACAACAAGAGAUGGUCAUGAGCUCGGAACAAUCAUCAUUACCAUCAUCAUCAAGAUGGCCAAAGGCGGAGAUUCUAGCGCUUAUAAACCUAAGAAGCGGAAUGGAACCAAGGUACCAAGAUAAUGUCCCUAAAGGACUUCUAUGGGAAGAGAUCUCAACGUCAAUGAAGAGAAUGGGAUACAACAGAAACGCAAAGAGAUGCAAAGAGAAAUGGGAAAAUAUAAACAAAUACUACAAGAAAGUUAAAGAAAGCAACAAGAAACGUCCUCAAGAUGCUAAGACUUGUCCUUACUUUCACCGUCUUGAUCUUCUUUACCGCAACAAAGUACUCGGUAGUGGUGGCGGUUCUAGUACUUCUGGUCUACCUCAAGACCAAAAGCAGAGUCCAGUCCCUGCGAUGAAACCGCCACAAGAAGGACUUGUUAAUGUUCAACAACCUCAUGGGUCAGCUUCAAGUGAGGAAGAAGAACCUAUAGAGGAAAGUCCACAAGGAACAGAAAAGCCAGAAGACCUUGUGAUGAGAGAGCUGAUGCAACAACAACAGCAACAACAACAUCAAGAUCAAUCAAUGAUAGGUGAGUAUGAAAAGAUUGAAGAGUCUCACAAUUAUAAUAACAUGGAGGAAGAGGAAGAGGAGAUGGAUGAAGAAGAACUAGACGAGGAUGAGAAAUCCGCGGCUUUCGAGAUCGCAUUUCAAAGCCCUGCAAACAGAGGAGGCAAUGGCCACACGGAACCACCUUUCUUGACAAUGGUUCAGUAAAAAUCAGAAUCAUUGAUUCAAGAAAAUGUACUUAUGUGU